AAAAAGAAUGAGGUCGCCAGAGCCAAACUCCUCUUUGUGGAAGUAGUUGAGGACCAAAUUUAUGGUACGUUUGAUGGCUCUAUGCUCCAAGAGCGUUAAACAGGCUUCAAAGAAGUUGAAAGCCUUGUUGAGUGACAUCGCCGCUAAGUUGCCGAGGUUCCAUUUACCGACCAAGUCGACACUCAGGACGAUGAAGCUGAAGAAGCUGCUGAAAACCAUCAGCAACAAGGUGAUCAUGUUCGCGCACAAGAAGAAGAAGGGCGAGAGUGAUGGAGAGGAGGAGUUCGGGGACAAUGGGGUGUGGGCCUGUGGCAGAGGGAGACCAUGAUGGGGGACAAAUGUCAAUCGUUGGAUUUCUCCAAGGUGAUAUAUUAUAUCGGAAAAUGGCUCGACGAGAUCCCAGCCGACUCCCCACAGACCAAUGCUAACCCCAUGUCGGCGUAUCUUGAUGAGGCUCGAAAAACCGAAGCCACUAGCUCUGUUAUCAUUCUUCUUUCUGCGCCAUUUCCUUUGUAACUUACUUGAUGAUUACAAUAAAGAACACAGAAAAAUAAAGGAAAUGCAUGAAA